AUGGAGCCCAUCAAGGUCCAAUCAGAAGGUGGACUGAAUGUGACCCUCACCAUCAGGCUGCUGAUGCACGGCAAGGAGGUUGGAAGCAUCAUAGGAAAGAAAGGAGAAACAGUGAAGAAAAUGCGUGAAGAUAGCGGUGCCCGUAUCAACAUCUCAGAGGGGAACUGCCCUGAACGGAUAGUCACCAUCACCGGGCCAACAGAUGCUAUUUUCAAGGCUUUUGCCAUGAUAGCCUACAAGUUUGAGGAGGACAUAAUCAAUUCCAUGAGCAACAGUCCAGCCACCAGUAAGCCCCCUGUAACCCUGAGGCUUGUUGUCCCAGCCAGCCAGUGUGGUUCCCUCAUCGGCAAAGGAGGCUCCAAAAUCAAAGAAAUGAGAGAGUCCACAGGAGCACAGGUCCAGGUUGCAGGCGACAUGCUCCCCAACUCCACUGAGAGAGCAGUGACGAUCUCAGGGGCCCCAGAAGCCAUCAUCCAGUGUGUCAAACAGAUAUGUGUGGUGAUGCUUGAGUCCCCACCGAAAGGUGCCACCAUCCCCUACCGCCCCAAGCCUGCCUCCACCCCUGUCAUUUUUUCAGGUGGCCAGGUAAGAGCAGACCCACUGGGGGCGUCCACAGCCAACCUCAGCCUCUUACUGCAGCACCAGCCACUGCCUGCUUAUACCAUUCAAGGACAGUACGCCAUCCCUCAUCCAGAUUUGAGCAAGCUCCACCAGUUGGCUAUGCAGCAAACCCCCUUUACCCCCCUCGGACAGACCACCCCUGCCUUCCCCGGUCUGGAUGCCAGUAACCAGGCCAGUACUCAUGAACUCACCAUUCCCAAUGAUCUAAUAGGCUGCAUAAUCGGACGCCAGGGAACCAAAAUCAACGAGAUCCGUCAGAUGUCUGGGGCGCAGAUCAAAAUUGCUAACGCCAUGGAAGGGUCAUCGGAGCGCCAGAUCACCAUCACAGGGACCCCCGCCAACAUCAGCCUGGCCCAGUACCUCAUCAAUGCAAGGUUCAGAGACGUGGCGGCCAUGUGGAACGACCCAUCUUCCAUGACCACAUCCUGA